AUGCUGUUGUCCGCCAGCUUCCCCCUGCUCUUCUUCCUGCCCCUCUCCAGCAUCUCCUUCCCCAUCCUCCUCCUACUCUGCCUCUCCAGCUUCCUCGUCUCCUCUCUCCGGAUGGCCAUGAUGGACCAACGCGCCGCGGGAAUGCAGGCAUGGUGCGCCAGCUAUGUGUGGCUUCGAAUUAUUGGGUUAAAAAUAUCCAAGCUUACCUAUGCCGAACUUGCUUGCUCUAUUCUGGUAUCCAUUGUAUGGAAUGGUGGAUACUUGUCGCUCCUGCUCUCGCCCUUGACCGAAGCACGCUAUCAAGUAAGCUGACAAUGACAGUCGACUGACAAGGCUUGCCUCAACUGGAUUCGAAUGAGACAAGGACGAUCUCAAUGAAGCGGGUUAUGUAAGCUGGAGCUGGCAGCCACGGCUUAGGCAUUCAAUCACGAUGCAGAAAACCCGUAGAGAAGCGAGCAGACGCUAUUGGCUUGUCCCGGAGCG